AUGGAUUCAAAUAAAGUGGAAAUGAUUGUUGUUACUAUUUUUCAAAUUCCAUCCUUCUGUUGUGCUAUGAUUAUUUUCUUUAAAUUUCUUGAAAAAACAAGUCCAUUAAGACGUUUACAAAACCAGUUACUUAUGUAUUUAUUAAUCUUUGCUACAUGUACUAUUAUUAUUGAAUUACCUAAUACACAAAAAUUCCUUUGGACAGGUUCUGUCACUAUUCAGAGAUAUUGGUUUUGUUAUUUUUGGAAUAUACUAUUUUCUGCUAUGGCUACGCUUAAUCGUGCUCUAACAGCAUUCAUGUCUAUUGAACGUCAUUUUCUUGUAUUUCAUCCUCAUAUCUAUCGUACUAGUCGUUCACGUUUUUUAUUUCAUUACAGUCCUCUCAUAUGUAUUAUCGUAAUCAUUAUAAUCUAUAUAUCAGUCACACAUAUCUCCGUUACAUGUCCAAAUCAUCCGUUCAAUUAUUCGAUGUUUUUGUGUGGUUAUACAUGUGCAUCGAUUGUAGAAAAUUUUGGUACAACUUACGUAUGGUUAUAUGUUUUUUUACCAACAAUGGUGACAACUAUUGCUUGUUUAUUAUUACCUAUUCGAUUUAUUAUUCAGAAACGACAUUUUCAACGUAUACAAUGGUAUCGUGCACGAAAAAUGAUUAUUCAAACAAGUUUUAUUGCUAGUAUAUAUACAAUUUGUUGGUUACCAAAUGUAAUUAUUCUUCAAUUACUUAUCAAUAAACAUAUAUCUACAAUUAGUCCAGUUAUAAAUUUAUUUUUAACAUUUACACCAUAUGUAACUUCAUUAUUAACUCCAUUCAUUGUUCUUCAUACAGCAUCGGGAUGGAUAAGACCUGCAAUAAUACAACGAAUUAAAUGUCGGUUGUUUCCACCACGUCAAGGAGUUAUUCAACCAAUUACUAACUUAGUAGUUAAUCAAGCAAAUCAUUAA